UAGCUGUCUGUUUUGUCUUUCAGUUUCACUUCAUUCUAAAGAGAAUAAAGUGAUAAAAUCCAUACUUUCAAGAUACCCAUUUGAUAUCAAGUCCAAAAAAUUAUUCUUUUUUGUAAUUUUUAAUUUCUGUUGUUACAGUACAAUGGAAUGGUGUAAAGGCAUGGACGAAACUCGUCUUCUGAUUGCACAUAGUGCUAAUGCUGAUGGUGUAGGACGUUUGUUAUCACUCCAACACCCAAAAUCAGGAAAGACCACAUGCUAUCUCCUUAAUAAUAGGAUGCUCCAAGAACUUCACUGGUUCAAGCAAUCUUACACUUCUUGGUUUCUAGGAGAUUAUGUUUGCCAGGAUGGGUGCCUGUAUUCUGCCACUCCAGUUGAUCCUGUCUUCAUUUUGCUGCCUAUUUUUGAGGAAGCUAGAAUGAGGAAGGGAGAUGAUCCUGGGAAGUUCAGACAGUUGGAUGAGAUACUCUUCAUCAAUGGCUAUCCUGGAUAUCGUUAUUUGAUGCCCAUUGCAGAGAACUGUAUGCAAGUAGUUUGUGAAAUCAAAGAGAUUGGCUCGUCAAAGUUUUUCCGCCUUAACGAUUCAAAGGUUUUUGCUUGGUUGCUCUGCAAGGUCUCUCAAUUAAAACAGGCGGUAUCCUCGUUGGACAAAAAUUAUGCUGCUCAAGAUGAGAAGAAUACAUUAGCUGAUGCUAUCAUGAUAUUAGGGGAGUACUUGAAGGAUGAGCCCUGGUUGAAGCUUUUGUGUAAUCAUUUGAAAUUGAAUUUACUCGAGGCAACCAGAAAAGUACCAGAUGCUGAAACUUCUUUAACUGAAAAUAACCCAGCAUCCUCUAAUCUGAUGCAGGAAAAGGGUAAGAAUGACGGUAAAACCAAGAGAACUGGCAAACAAGCUAAAAAAGCUAAAGUCGAGACAGAAUCUUUAAACAUCAGAGAAAUGUUCAGCAGAGCUUCUAGGAGAAGAUGAGCUCAGAAACAAGAUGUUUGAAAUUUAGUUUCUCAUAUCUACAGUGUUACAUGGUGUCUAAUUUGAUAUGGAAUUUUGGAUCAUUAUUAUGUCUGUUUUAUCAGCCAACAUUCUAAGCUGGGCUGCAGCCUAAUGUCUACUAUCUUGAAACAAAUUAUUAUGAGUGCCCUUCCCAACAUUCCAUAAAUGAUUCAAUUGGAUUACUUGCUAA